AUGGCGCCAUCACUUGCCUCACAGCCUCCGGAAUUGUCCUUUUAUGAGCUGAGCUUCCCGGCGGAGCACGUGCUGCUGGUGACCAUCAACCGCGAGUCACACAUGAAUGCCAUCCCCAUGGCCGGCCACUGGCAGGGCGAGCGGCUGUGGCAGUGGUUUGACGAUGAACCCCAGCUCCGGGUCGCCAUUGUCACCGGCAAGGGCAAAAAGGCCUUUUGCUGCGGCGCCGACCUCAAAGAGCAGGCCCAAAAGAAGAACUCUCUCGAGAAGCCCGACGCGCCGUCCUUUCCCACCGGCGGCUUCAUGGGGCUCACCAGACGCGUGGGAAAGAAGCCAGUCAUUGCCGCGGUCAACGGCUUCGCAUUGGGCGGAGGUUUCGAAAUUGCGCUCAACUGGUACGUCGCGUGUCACGGUUCACGGCAGCCGGCCCUUUUUUUUUUCCCAAGUGGUUUACUGACCAUGUACAACGCCACGGUUUGCAGCGACAUGAUUGUUGCGUCCCCCUCUGCUACGUUUGGGUUGCCCGAGGCAAAGAGAGGUCUCUGGGCGGCAGCCGGAGGCAUCCCCCGCGCCGUGAGGACGUUUGGGAUGCAAAUGGCGUCCGAGAUUGUGCUUGCCGGCCGAGUCUUGUCCGCCAACGAGGCAAGGGACUUGGGUUUUUGCCGAGUUGCCGCGUCGCCGGAGGCUGUUGUAGGUGACGCCGUUGAACUGGCCAAGGACGUCGCGGCCAUGUCGCCGGAUGCCAUCAUUGUGAGCCGUGCUGGUCUGAGAGAGACCUGGGAGACGGCAAGUGUUGAAAGAGCAGCCCAGCUGGUCCAAGACAGAUACGCCAAGGGCCUCCUGGAGGGGGAAAAUCUACGUCUUGGCCUCAUGGCGUUUGUUACAAAGACGAAGCCGGAGUUUGUACCAUCAAAGUUGUAA